GGUCUAUUUGCCUCGGACUUGCUGCAUUCCGACGAGCUUACCCUGACUGAAGUCCUCUUCUCGUUGAUCGACGAGUUGUUACCAGACAGAAACGAGGAGGAAGAUACUCGUCAUUACUACGAAGCUCUCUCGAAACAACAGGAGAAAGCCGCCUUGGAGCUAGAGCAGGAAGAACGGAAGCGAGCGGCCUUGCUGCAACGUCAGAGAAAUCACAGUGACGACUCAGAUUCUGGCUCUUCAUGGUCAUGUUCCUCUUCAGAUGUGUCUUUCUUCACAGAUGGAGACGACGCAGAGCACUUCUUUGCAUCUGGUGUAGACGAUGAAGAUGGGUUUUCUUCGUCUCUUAGCAGUGAAGAUGAAAGUGCUGGAGAAAACGGCGAGCAUUUUCCUAGGCACCAGAGGAUACAAAAGAAACGUUGGCCAGGACAGAUGACUAAGAAUGUAGUUUGAUUCUUUUUUUUGAAUUUUUUGAAUGAUCAUGUUGUAGGUAGAAGUAGUACUACAUGUACAUUCUGA